CAAGGACAAGGACAAGGACAAGGAGCUGGUUCUAGAAGGCUACCAAAAGAUGGAGAAAAUUGGAGAAGGAACAUACGGAGUCGUCUACAAAGCAACCCACAAAGUUUCAGGAAGGAUCGUUGCUCUGAAAAAGAUCCGCCUGGAGAACGAGGACGAAGGCGUACCCAGCACUGCCAUCAGGGAGAUUUCACUGCUGAAGGAACUCAAGCAUGUUAAUGUUGUGCAGUUGCUCGAUAUCAUUCACGACGAGACCAAGCUGUACCUAGUUUUCGAGUUCCUGGAUCUGGACUUGAAAAAAUACAUGGAUAUUCUGCCUACGACAACAGGAGCAGGAUUGCCAAUGGACCAGGUCAAGGACUUUCUCUAUCAACUGCUUCGUGGAGUGGAAUUUUGCCAUUCACGCCGUAUCCUCCAUCGCGAUCUCAAGCCUCAGAAUCUGCUAAUCGACGAACAUAGGACACUCAAGCUUGCGGAUUUCGGACUGGCGCGUGCGUUUGGCAUUCCCCUAAGGACAUAUACGCACGAGGUUGUGACGCUGUGGUACCGCGCGCCUGAGAUUCUGAUGGGCUCACGACAUUACUCGACUGCUGUUGAUAUGUGGAGUGUCGGAUGCAUCUUUGUAGAAACCAUCACCAAGAAACCGCUUUUUCCAGGCGACUCCGAGAUUGAUGAACUAUUCAAGAUUUUCAACUUGCGAGGAACACCGUCGGAAUCAAUUUGGCCAGGCGUUGAGGGUCUAAAGGACUGGAAAUCGACUUUCCCGGAUUGGAAGCCCAAACCACUCAGGCAAAUAGUACCACAGUUGAGCAAGGAUGGAAUUAAUCUGCUUUCUCAGAUGCUUGAAUACGAUCCAGCAAAAAGAAUCUCUGCCAAGCGAGCUCUACUACACCCGUUCUUUGACGAUAUCAGAAGUACGGUACCGGCCUUUUCACAUCAGCCCAGGGUGACGAUGAGGCGCUGUUGAUCACGCAUAACCAAUAGACCUCGUACAUCGUCGCGCUAUUUACAUAUUUAAUCAUUGUAGACUUCAGCCAAAAAAAGUCAAAAAAAUCAAUGCAAAACAAAUGCCUG